CCGCGCGGGCCUGGCCAUUCGCGACCCGGAGCUGCGCGGGCGCGAGCCAGUAGGGGCUCCGGGUGGGCGGUGGCAGCAGCGGCGCUCCGCGCAGGCUGGAGGCCACCGAGGCUCGCCAUGCCGGGAGAACUCUAGCUCCCCCAUGGAGUCGGCCGACUUCUACGAGGCGGAGCCGCGGCCCCCGAUGAGCAGCCACCUCCAGAGCCCCCCGCACGCGCCCAACAGCGCCGCCUUCGGCUUUCCCCGGGGCGCGGGCCCUGCGCAGCCCCCUGCCCCACCUGCCGCCCCGGAGCCGCUGGGCGGCAUCUGCGAACACGAGACGUCCAUCGACAUCAGCGCCUACAUCGACCCGGCCGCCUUCAACGACGAGUUUCUGGCCGACCUGUUUCAGCACAGCCGGCAGCAGGAGAAGGCCAAGGCGGCCGCGGCCCCCGCGAGCGGCAGCGGCGAAUUUGACUACCCGGGCGCCCCGGUGGGUCCCGGAGGCGCCGUCAUGUCCGGGGGUGCGCACGGCCCCCCUCCCGGCUACGGCUGCGCGGCGGCAGGCUACCUGGACGGCAGGCUGGAGCCCCUGUACGAGCGCGUCGGGGCACCGGCGCUGCGGCCGCUGGUGAUCAAGCAGGAGCCCCGCGAGGAGGACGAGGCGAAGCAGCUGGCGCUGGCCGGCCUCUUCCCCUACCAGCCGCCACCGCCGCCGCCGCCGCCACACCCGCACCCGCCGCCUGCGCACCUGGCCGCCCCGCACCUGCAGUUCCAGAUCGCGCACUGCGGCCAGACCACCAUGCACCUGCAGCCUGGCCACCCCACGCCGCCGCCCACGCCCGUGCCCAGCCCGCACCCAGCGCCAGCGCUCGGCGCCGCUGGCCUCCCGGGCCCGGGCGGCGCGCUCAAGGGGCUGCCAGCUGCGCACCCUGACCUCCGCGCGGGAGGCGGCGGCGGCGGCGCGGGCAAGGCCAAGAAGUCGGUGGACAAGAACAGCAACGAGUACCGGGUGCGGCGCGAGCGCAACAACAUCGCGGUGCGCAAGAGCCGCGACAAGGCUAAGCAGCGCAACGUGGAGACGCAGCAGAAAGUGCUAGAGCUGACCAGUGACAAUGACCGCCUGCGCAAGCGGGUGGAACAGCUGAGCCGGGAACUGGACACGCUGCGGGGCAUCUUCCGCCAGCUGCCAGAGAGCUCUUUGGUCAAGGCCAUGGGCAACUGCGCGUGAGGCGCGCGGCUGCGGGACCGCCCUGGGCCGGCCCCUGGCGGGGACCUGAGGAGUGGUUUCGGAUCGCCGGAUCUCAAGGCUUCCCGGGGCCGUGCAAGCCAGGACUAGGAGAUUCCGGUGCCGACUGAAAGCCUGGCCUGUUCCGCGUGUCCCCUCCCUUCCUCAGAGCCGGACUCGGUGCGUCUAAGAUGAGGGAGUCAGGCAGUGGCUUUUCCGAAUUCUCCGUGGGGCUGACCGGGGAGCCCAGCAACUCUAGUAUUAAGGAAUAACAUUGUGCCUUGGAAAUGCAAGCUAGCUCCGAUUCCUACCGAGUAGGGGGAGCGAAUAUGUGCCUUGACAUUUUAUUUGAAGGGUUCCUGCCUCUUCUGAGGCUGCAGCAGGCUCCCACGAGAGAAGGAAGAGUGCAGGCCACGGCAGGAGGAAGGUUCAGGAAGCUGAGAUGCAGACAAGCCAGCCCCAGCCUCUCCUCUGUGCCUGUCCUUAGAGGGGAGGAACUUAAGAAGUUGGGGCUUUGAACCCCGGGUUGUUCCCCUCGUUCUACAAUGAGGUAGAGGGUCCCUAAUUCCUUGCCUCUCCCACCUCGACCACCACCCCAGCAGGCCUACAACAGACUGGGCUUCCUGAGUUAGCACUCACAGAGAUGGGGUUCACCAGGUGACUAGUAAGAGUCCCCUACCCCCAUUCAGACCAUAAAGCUAAGUAGUGGGUUAGCUAUAAAGGACAUGUGUUCAAGGGACCGGUGGCCUGGUGGAAGAGGGGAACCUAGAGAUUUGGUCUUGGGGUGGGGGGUGAAGGGACACUGGGACCAUCGGCCUUGUCUGUACUGUAUGUCGCCAGCAUUGCCAUAAGAACAUGAAGCACAGUCUAUCCCAGAGGGACCGGAGUUAUGACAAGCUUCCCAAAUAUUUUGCUUUAUCAGCCGAUAUCAACUUUUGUAUCUGGCCUCUGUGUCCCAGCGGUGCCUUGUGCAAUGUGAAUGUGCUCGUCUAUGUUAAACCACCAUUUUAUUUGGUUUUUGUUUUGUUUUGGUUUUGCUCAGAUACUUGCCAAAAUGAGACUCUUUGUCAGCAGCUGGGGGAAGGGUCUGAGGCUCUCUUUCCUUUUGGUUUUGGGGUUGCUUUUGCUCCCGGGGGACCAUUGAGGUGAGGUGGGCCUCCCUUUUCCCCUUGGCGUUCCCUCGCCCUAGUUGUGGGCCUCAGCUCCCUCUGGAUGGGGCUGCCGGUGGGCUUAUCCCCUCCGAGGCCCUGGCUGGUGGUCUGGAGGGAAGGCCACCUCCAACCAACACGUACAUAUCUCUGGGGUUGGGAGCAGGGAAGGACUGCUUGGUUCUCUUCUUUUGGGGAGAACGUAAGAGUUUCAUGCUAGAUGUUUUAUGUAUGAUAUCUAUAAUAUAAACAUAUCAAAGUAAA